UGGUUUGUCUGCGGUUCGGCUCCACUGCUGGCCACCGUCUCCUUGCCGCCUCCCCCUUUUUCACUUCUCUUCUCACACAAUUACAACUUUUACACUUUUCUCACUUCACUGCCUUCCUUAACGCGCUCAGGCUACAAUUCCAAAGACUGGUGCUCGCCAUUGCAUGCGCUGCCCACUGCCGCCACCGUAGGUGCAAGCAGCACCAUCAUGGACGCGCCGCUGCCCAUUAUGUCGCCAAACCCCUACCUGCUCAGCCGCUUUACUUCCAACAUUCCCAUGCCGACGCUGUAUGCAGGCGACGCAGUGCGCAAGCCAAAGCUCUCCGUCAUCGAGGUGCUGCUCUACAAUAUGGCCGCGCUGUUGGCUGGCGUCGCCGCUGGCUACGAUGUGCGCAUCUCGAACGUAUCACCGGUGCAUCCGUCACUGCUGAGCGAUGUGCCCGCUCUGAAGGCGCCUAUGGAAAUGGAGUUUCCGAGCGUUUUGGAUGAGCGCAGUCGCUUUGCGGCCAACACUUACCACGGCACUGGCAAUAAGCACCAACGUGCCACACUGAACGCCGCCACUUUUGCGCGCUUAGAGGAACAGCGCGCCCCCUUGCAUCAGAGUCCGCGCGGCUCGCCCAAAAUGCAUGCCGCGCCUAACUAUUACUUCCAAAAGCACUCGCUGCCCUUGGCCGACGCCGGAAGUAAGCUGGCGCAGCAACAACAACAACAGAAGCAAACACAGCAGCACCAGCAACUGCCGCUGACCGGCUCCACUACCAGCGGCUUGGGAUCGAACUUUACCAACAACACCUCGGCGCUGCUGUCAUCGUCGCUGGGUAGCCACACACAGCCACCGACGCCUUCACCACGUCGCAAGAUCAGCACUUCUUCGUUUACGGAGCAACUCGAGUAUUCGAUGCACGAUGACACGCCUCCGACGCGGCACUUUGAUGACGCCUUUCACAUUGGCGGUGGAAUGGCGCCGCCCGCCACGCAAUAUACGCGCGCAGACUACUUGCGCCAUGGACCGAGCUUUUCCAAUGACGGCGGCGCUUACGGCGCAGGUGUACACCGCGCAGGCUACUUCGGCUCCAACUAUUUUCCGUACCGGCCAGAGGUACAGCAGGCCUACCAGCGCGACUGCAAAUCUUAUCCCGACUACUCCUACGACUACAAUCACCGUCUGCCUAACUACUACGACUACAAUUACGAUUCACAACAGCAGCAGCAAGUCACGCCAAAACAGCAACAACAGCACUACCAAACGCGCACUCCGCCUCCGCGCGUGCCUCAGAUGGGCGUCAGCGCCGCUGGCCAUCGUCGCACACCCUCGACCAUUUCGAAUAGCUCCAACAUCAACCAAGGCUUCUCUUUCGAUCAGGACGAGCUGCAUGCAAACGCCGAUUUGUACGACUACAGCAACCUUAAUCUGCAGCUAAACAUCAAUGUGGGCGCCGGUGGGGCUAUCGUAGGCAGUGCUCCGGACUAUACGCACUAUCGCGAACUGGCGCCACCGCCUCCCGCUCCGGUUGGCGUGGUACCGCCGCCUAGCAAGCACGAGCUCUAUAAGAGUUCGCCCAAAAUGACGCAGCGUUUAAAGCGGGGCUCCAGCGGCAGCAUGGGUUGCGAGACCGGCGGCGGAUUGAAUCGCAUACGCGACUAUGAGAAUGUGCCCGCAUACAUCGGCAGUCCCCUGCAUAGACCCAAGUUCCACAACACGUUAGCGCAGCAGCAACAGCUGCAACGGGAGCGCGAACAGCAGCACCACCCGCUUUUCAGCACCCCGCAACAUAGCCUCUAUACGCACACGCAGUCGACAACGCUUAGUCCGAUUCAUAUGAAACCAAUGAGCGCGCAAGAGCGCCCAGCUUCUCUUCCUUUCGAGCAGACAACAACAACGGCACUCGGCUUCAACGGAAGCGGUGCUAGCAAACUGCGCUCAUCGCUUAAAAAAUACAAUAGUUACAAGACGCCAAAUGGCACCACCACGGCCGGAACGACAAUGAGUGCAGCCGAUGUGGGCGCUAACGUGGGCAAUGGUCUUUCGGUGAUAAGUGGCGGAAACGGCGGUGGUAGCGUAACCAAAC